UUUAUUCUUUAUUCCACCUCCGCCGAUAUCUAUGUCACCGACGACAACGACAAGUUGGCCUCCCUCUCACGUACAUUCUCUUGCUCGGGCCCCCUUUCGCCGGUCCUUUUAUUGCCGCGAUUUAGCAGAGUCCGGAAUAUUGUCCAACAUUGAUUUUACUAUCCUUUCGAGGCUGGAAGCUUGAAGUGUUCGCUGAGUUGAAACGGAUAGCCGCAGACUGGACGAAGGACGGGACGGACAGAUACUUCGCUUUAUUUUUCGUUCCAAUAGCUGCUUUUUCGGGCUCACUUUUUCCUCCGAAUCGACCUCCUUGGGCUAAUCGUCGGAUAUAUUAUCGUCGAUAGCUGUGUGAAGAUUUUCCAUCAGCCCUCGCCAAAGCUAUCCGUCACGAUGGAUCACACAAGAGAUCCCUGCCCCUGGGUCGCGCUGAGUGAUUUCGGUGGAGCGUUUAGUAUGGGUGCCAUCGGAGGUGCAGUCUGGCACGGCGUGAAAGGGUUCCGAAACAGCCCUUAUGGUGAACGGCGGAUAGGUGCUCUGACUGCAAUCAAGGCUCGGGCGCCGGUUGUCGGUGGAAAUUUCGGUGUAUGGGGUGGCAUGUUCUCAACAUUUGACUGUGCGGUUAAGGGGAUAAGAAAGAAGGAGGAUCCGUAUAAUGCCAUUAUUGCGGGCUUUUUUACGGGAGGUGCACUCGCUAUUCGCGGUGGUAUGAGAGCUGCCAGAAACUCAGCCAUCAUGUGCGGCUGCUUCUUGGCUGUGAUUGAGGGCGUCGGAAUCGGGUUCCAAAGAAUGAUGGCGGAAAAUACAAGAUUAGACGUACCACCACCGCCCCCUCCAGCAACAGACAAAUCAUCAUCAGCCCCAAUGCUAGCCUAACCGUCGGGUAUACAUUAUUUUGCCCUCUUUAUUGCUAUGCUAAGAAUCAAAUCCUAUCCUCUUAAUCUCUCCUCUUCUCUGCGGGAGUUCGGUCGUGGGCUCAUAUCAUUUGUCUCUGGAGGCGUGGGCAUAGAUGAUUUUCUUCUGUCACAUCUGUCUGUCUAUGACUAUUGUCCCCUUUUUACCUUCUGAUUUGUUCUUUUUUUCUUCAUGUAAUUUUUCACUUUACGUUCCUCUUUUCUAUGUUUCUGCUUUUUCUCCUGCCCUCCUUUUUUUAAUGUUGCAUCUCCCUUAUCUGUUCUAUGCGGAAUAGGCCCUCGCCCGAAUCACUGCUCAUCUCUCCCGGUGAAUUUCCCCCUUACGCAUGCUCUGUGUUUAUUAGGGCGGUGAUUUCUGGUUUACUGUUUUUUACUACUGCUUCUGGCGAUAUUUUGGACUGGGUCAGUGAAAGAGCGGUAACAUUACCUACCGCUUUUGUGUACAGUAUCUUGGCAUUAACAAAAAGAAACAGCAUAUAUAUAUGAAGUUCAUUUUUCGCAGAUA